GUAGGGUUAGGUCUCAGCUGAACUGAAGGCAGGAUGGCUACAGAGGUAGUAAUGGAAAGGGAAGCAAGAUCACUGCCCCCGGAUCCAGGGGGCAAUCGAGAUUAGGAACAGCGCGUGAGAGAGUUGAUUUGGAUGUGCUAUGAAGAAGGUGUCAUCCCCCAGGAUAUUGACCCUGGGGAAAUGACUGUCCAGGGUAGGGAAGCAAGGUUCAAGGUAAGCGUGGUUAUAGAUCAAGCUAAGGUUGAGUGGCUGAAACAACACACGGUCACAAUUAUUUUCAGAGAAGGAGCGCGGUUUCUAUCGAAGAAAGGCAAGGACGACAUCGUUAGAGCCUAUGAGGAUAGCAAAGUUCAGGAUGGCAGUUUCGAGAGAGAUGGAUUCAGGAGAGGAAGAGUUAAGAUAGAAAGUUUGAAUGUCGUCUCCUACGUCGCCAAGAGUGAUAUUAUUGCAAGUUGGCUGAUCCUCAAGGAACGGGAUGAGCUAAUACUCGGAUCGACGACGUACAAAUUGGAGUUUAAACCUUGGCUGACCAAGGCGCAACUCAAGGAGCAAAGACGAGAGGAAGAUCAACGUACCUUCUGGGUGAUUGCUGUCCAAGUUCCAUUGGACGCGAUGCUGUUCGUAGACACUCAAAUCCAGAAGGUGAUUGGCCCAAUCGUUAGGCGGCACCCAACGGAGCCAGAUACAUCCUUGGUCAACAUCAAGUUUGACGAUGACCCGGCGGCACGUGCGAACAUGAAGGACGUGAUAUGGUUGGAAACUUUUGAAGGCGAUCAAUUGGAAGUUAAAUUGGCUUCAUCGGACACCCCAAGGGCUGCGCAUUGGCCCCCCUUCUGCCUCCAGUUGGAAGGCUUGCUUAACAACAUCAGAGCGAAUCCGGACAUCAGGGUUCCCACUGUCGUUACAAGCGGCAGCGCAAUAAGUUCUGCAUCUGCCGCAGCAAUGGGAUCGGAUUCAGCAGCAAUAGUUGGACCCAGCUAUGGCAGUCCAUACAUGGACAGGAAGGUGGUGAUGAUACCGUCUAAGUAUGACGACAAGGAGGACGUUGAGUCCUGGAUGAGGUCCAUGAGAGCGUACUUUGAAGUACAAGGCACUCAAAGAGUAAGCCAGUCCUUGAUCCUGGGGACCAACGUCGAGCCUGUCGUAAGGGGCUUCCUUGAAGUCCAAGCCAUGCAAGCUGGGUACGCAACGAUCAACCUAUCCGAGUGGCUCAAAGUCACGCCGACCACCAUUCUGGAGGACAUACUCGUUGCACAAUAUAAGGACCCACAUGCUGCUGCAAGGGUAAGGAUACAACUUGAUGAACUCAAGUGUAGCAAGUGGCUAGACACCAUGCAUAAAUUGCAAUUGUAUGUCAGCAAGCUCUUUGCAACGCCAGGAUUGAAGCUGACUGCACAAUCAUGCUUGGAUGUAGUUAAAGACGCCGUAGCCGCCGCCGAGGCUCAGCAGGCUGCGGCAGAGGCAGAACGUCAGCGGCUGGCCAACGAAGUGACAGCCGAAGCUCAGCGGACAGCUGAGACUAACGAAGCGGCACGAAACAGACGGAAUGCUGCCAACAUGGAGUCCCUGAUUGCUAGUGAGCAUCAGUGGACAACGUUACUCCAAUACAUGAUCUUUGUGCCUACGGGAACGCAGGCGGAACCGACACAGGCGGAGGCAGAGAAAAGUAACCUGGCUACCGUGAUGUUGAACGUAAUGAGGGGAGUAAUGUGGAACAAUAAACUACUGCAGGCACACCUGCAUGCGGAUCGUCAGCAAAGACAGCAGUACCAGCAAGACCGGGCCGCUGUAACGGCCGACGUCCGCGACGCAGCAACGCAGCAGCAGCAACAGCAACAGCUGAUGAACUGUACCAUCGCACGCAUCAACGGCAUUGAGGCCAAGGCCUCAGCAGCGCCAGGCUGCACGACAGACGCGACGAAGCAAAUCAAUGAACGCAUCGAUCACGUCGUCACCAUCAUCGGCGACAUAGGUGUUUUCAACGGACCGGAAACGAUCAGCAGCACGGUGGCCGCCAUCAAGACGGACAUCACCAAGCUACAGACGAGACCGGACGCCGCUACAAAGACGUUCAAGAUGCCGCACUUCGACAUCUGCAAGUUCGACGACUACAACAAGUCGGACACUUUGACAUGGUGGCAACGUUUCCUCACGGAAGCGUCAUGCCGCACUAUCCCGGCGAACGACAUGUUGAAGGCACUCUAUUUGCAACUGAUUGGAGGAGCGCAGGCAUGGAUGAACCACCUGGCGGCCACCCAUAAGUGCACCAUCGCCGAACUCCACACGCACAUCACGUGGAAGGAGUUCGAGCAGCUAUGGUUCACUCGGUUCAUUGUCCGCAACGUCGUGAAGGCGGCCAUGAAUGAGGUGUACACAUGCUCUCAGGGGAACAUGCCAACUGAAGACUGGACAACGAAGUGGCAAAAGAUAGUGACCACGCCAGGAUUCGAUUUGAGUUUUCCAAAUCAACGAUCCGAGUUCUUCUCGCGAUCGUGCGCGGGAUUGCGGUCAACACUCGGUAACGAGUACGACUAUACCACAUUCCAGGCCAUWCUGGAUCGAGCGAACUUGGUCAUCCAAACGGAUGACAAGGCCGCUAACGAGAGACAAUCCCAGCCGCAUUAUGUGGCUAAGCAGGCCUAUCAACGUCCGACACAUAACAAUGCCGUGAUUUCUGAGGAAAUUGAUGACCACCACGCUGCAGCAGCAUCCUCGAGUGAUGGAGGAAUUGUCGCAGCGCUCCCGCCAAAGCGUCCCAAGAGAGUUCGUAAGAACAAGGCGACACAAGAGACGGCAGCGACGGGAGCUGGGCAGCCAUGGACGGCAUAUAAGAUCACCAAGGAGGUCUAUGACCUACGUCAGAAGUACGGAUACUGCCUUUGGUGCAACGGAGUCACCAAUGUGACCGCACAAUGCCCCGAAAAGGGCAAGGCACGUGUACCCCUUUGCCACCGUAACAAGGGUCGAUCUCGAGUCCCCUUCGGCGAACUGAAACCGUUGCCGAUUCCUCGGGCACCACGCCUCUCCACUGCUAUGGACGUGACAGGCCCGUUUCCCCGCGAUCGCCACGACCAUGACGGUAUUCUCACGGUCGUUGACCGUUUGAGCAAGUAUGCUCGCUUCCUUCCUUGCAAGUAUGAUGCUGCAACACCAGAGCUCGCACGACUCUUGCACACCGGUUGGAUUACCAACCAAGGUGUUCCGGAAGACAUAGUGCGCGACCGAGAUACUCGUUUCAUGUCAGCCUUUUGGACUUCCCUCAUGGCUGAGUCCGGUACGACAAUGAAACCGAGCUCGGCUCGGCACCCGCAGACGGAUGGUCAGACGGAGCGAGCGCACCAGACCGCUGAGAGGAUGUUGCGUACGCUCAUCCGUCCCGACCAGAAAGAUUGGGUUGACCGGCUUCCCGACAUCGAGUUCGCCUACAACACUUCGGUGCACCCGGCGAUCUGCGUCACACCAUUCGAGCUACAUCAUGGUGGAGAGAAAGCACGGAUCUUCGCCGAUGUCCUUUUGCCACAGGCUGCCGACAUAGACGUCCCUUGCUCUCCCGCUUCCAUCCGGAAGUACCGGGACUUGCUGAUCAAAGCCCGCGCAAAUAUGCAAAAGGCUCAGAUCCGCAUGCAGCAGCAAGCUAACCGACGUCGACUUCCAUGUCCUUUCCGCGAGGGAGACCUUGUUUGGGUCCUCUCCGAGGAAUUUGGGCUCGAGCAGGAUGUUUCGCGCAAACUCCUUCCAAAAUGGUUCGGACCAUGGGAAGUCACUUCUGCCGUUGGAGACGACCCCGCAGGUCCUUCCUUCGUGAUCAACAUUCCACCGCACCCGACAGUGCAUCGGGUCUUCCACGCAUCGAAGCUGGCCAUCUACACGCCACCUUCAGCUGACGAGUUCCCUGGACGUCGAUCAUAGGAUCCGCCUUCUAGGGACGAACAUGAGGAAGUUGACCGAGUCAUCACGCAC